CGCUCACCAAUUUUGGCUACAGAUUCAGCAACAACCACUCGUUCCUCUUUUACGGCCACGAACUAAACUUUCCGAGCAUGACCACGCAAACCAUGCCUUCCGAGGAAGUGUCAGCUUCUAUGGCAUCCACGGAAUCCGGAUCUGCAUUUUCUGAAAACAAUCACUACAAGUCUCCAGUAUUGAGUCGCCAAAAGAUUGAAAAUAUGAUCGCUCAGGGGAGAGCUAUUAUUAUCUACGAUUCCCUCGUGUUGGAUCUCACCAGCUGGCUCUCAAGACACCCUGGCGGUGAUGUUGCUAUUUUCCACUUGAUCGGCCGUGAUGCAACUGACGAGAUGAAUGCCUACCACUGCGACGAAACCGUCCUGACCUUUUCCAGAAGAAAGGUGGGUCGGAUCGAUUACAUCUGGGAGAACAUGUUACCACCAAUCCAGGGAGGUGUGUUCGAACAGCCCCCUGACGCUAAGAUGUAUAAGCCGUUAGGGAAGGCUGCCGUCGAGGUUGAACGGAAAUUCACCCCUGAGGUCAUUGUUUCUCUCGAUAAGCAACAAAAGUUGUUCCCCGUGGUGGAUGUGUCCAACCAAACCAUCGUCGAUCCACAGGUGUUGAUGAAUAAUUACGACAACACGUUGACGAAGCACGACGUAGUGACACUUCCGGCACUUGACUACGAGACACAGAAAACCUUGUCUGAGAAAUACAGAGAGUUACACCAGAAGGUAUUGGAUGCGGGUUUUUACCAAUGUCGCUACGUUGAAUAUUUCAAGGAAUUUGUGCGUAUUGGUUCCUCUUUAUUGUAUGCAGCCUCUUUCUUCAAGUUGGGCUACUACAAGACCAGUGCUUUGUUCUUAGGGUUUGCCUGGCAACAGUUACCGUUCAUUGUCCACGAUGCCGGCCACAUCGCGAUUACUCACAACUACCAGUUUGAUAACCUCUUGGGGAUCUUCCUUGCGGAUUUCAUCGGGGGGUUGUCAAUCGGGUGGUGGAAGCGUAACCACAAUGUGCACCACAUAAUCCCCAACGAUCCGGUACAUGACCCAGAUAUCCAGCAUUUACCUUUCUUUGCGGUCAGUGUGAAGCUCUUCAACAACGUGUACUCUACGUAUUACGAGAAGUACUUGUGGUUUGACUGGUUUGCCAAGAAGUUGAUUCCGUUCCAGAACUACAUGUACUACCCACUUCUCUGUUUUGGUAGAUUCAACUUGUACAGGUUAUCCUGGACUCACUUGUUGCUUGGCCAGGGCCCACGCGAGGGUAAGGCUGCGAUGUUCAGAUACUACGAAAUCUUGGGGUUGGGACUCUUCUUCUACUGGUUCUUCUACCUCGUGAUCACCAAGUCGCUUGACAACUGGUCUGACCGUAUCGUCUACAUCAUCAUCUCGCACUUCACUACCGCUAUGGUCCAUGUCCAGAUCACCUUGUCGCACUUCGCCAUGUCAACUUCUGAUUUGGGCUGUUCGGAGUCUUUCGUGAGCAGGCAGUUGAGAACCACGAUGGAUGUGGACUGUCCUGAGUGGUUUGACUACUUCCACGGUGGCUUGCAAUUCCAGGCCAUCCACCAUUUGUUCCCAAGAAUGCCAAGACAUAACUUCCGCCGGGCCCAGCCUAUGGUGAUUGAUUUCUGCAAGGAAGUCGGCUUGCAGUAUCACAUUUACGGCUUUGGUAAAGGGAAUGAGGUGGUGAUUUCCAAGUUGAGAGAGAUUGGGAAACAGGCCAUUAUCAUGGUGAAUGCCACCAAGGCUAUGAAGCAGGAGGCUAUUGAAGAGAGGCAAAAGUAAGGGCAUCUCGCGCGCGGUAACUUACCAUGCACCACUUCAGGUGUAGUGUAUGAAAUGCUUGGCCAACCUAAACCCAUAUAUUUACAGGGCACAUGUUAUUAGAGCCGCGUUCUAU